AUGGUCGAGUUACAACCUAUUUUCAAAAAGACUUAUUGGGCACUCGCAGCUGGUGGAUUGCUCUAUGUCCUUUUUAUCUGCGCUCUUACUUUCCCAGAAGCUCAGCGCUUUGUUCUUUACGCACACAAAUUCAAUCCAAGUUAUUGGGAAGAUCUAAAUAAGGUUGAGCAAUUUGGAUUUCUACAGGCCCAGGUUCAGCCUUUCAACUUGGUGACGCCUGACAAUGAAACACUUUACGGCUGGCAUCUUAUGCCUUUGCACCUUGUGCAUGAACAUGAGAAGGAGCUGAUGGAAAAUACGCCCUCUGGUCCAGCGGAAGACUACACCCAAACCAUUGCUUUCAAGGCUUUGAAUAACAACCCCAAUGCCAGAGUUGUGGUAAGCUUCCAUGGAAAUGCAGCUCAUCUGGGAUCCGCCAAUCGACCAAAUGGAUAUAGAACGUUACUAGGCUUAUCAACUCCAGAAAACCCCAUUCAUGUCUUUGCAAUUGACUACCGCGGAUUUGGUGUAUCGACUGGCAGCCCUUCCGAGGAAGGUCUGGUAACGGAUGGUGUCUCCCUGCUCAAUUUUCUUACGGCAGGUCCACUAAAAGUUCCCACAUCACGAAUUGCCAUCGUGGGCCAGAGUCUAGGCACGGCAGUCACAGCAGCAGUCGCCGAGCGUUUUGCAUGUGGCUCGCCUGACCCAAAGGCGAUCCAACCAAUCAUCAAAAAUGCCGAACCUUUUGCGGGAGUUAUCCUACUUGCAUCCUUCAGCAGCCUCACCAAUGUCAUCGAGUCGUAUAGUAUAAAGGGCUUUACGCCCCCAAUGCUCUCGCCGUUGAUUGGCUAUCCUCGCUUUCAAAAGUGGGUGCUCAGCCACAUUGCGGAUCAUUGGGACACGGCCGGAAGAGUCGCUCGCCUGGCAGGCAUCGAAACAGCGGAACCAGAUGCGUCUGGUUUGAGAUACUCACAGAAGGGUCUGGACCUGACAAUUGUGCAUGCAUUGAAUGAUGCGGAUAUUCCCUGGUAUGAAGGCCGUCGAGUUUGGGUGGCCGCCACUGGUGAAAAUAUUGAGGGUGCUCCUGGAGCUCUAAUUUUCGAGAAGACUGAUUCCGGGAGCUCUCAUCAGAUUCAGGUCUGGGAGAACAGAUUCGUCGGCCCAGAUGGGGCGGAAAUUGUGAAGCAAGUCCGAUGGGAGCGUAUACGAUAUGGAGGCCACAACCGCGUUGCUUCAUCUUCUGUUGCUGGUCUUGCGGUUCUACGAGCCUUCGAAAAUUGA